UUGUGCGAUAUGCUUUGCGCGUGGAACACCAUUAAAACUUUAUAUAUAUAGCGAGGAUCCCUCGCUGCGUGAAGGAGAACCGUGAGGGAGCUUCUCGAGGCGCUUCGCCUGAGGAAGAGCGUCAGGCGCCUCUCGCGCGCUGCGGAACAACUCCUCGCGCCCACUAAGCCAGGGAAGGCGGAAGAAAGAAAGGGCUUUUCAUCUACCCCAGUUGGAGGAACUUGACACACGCCAUAUAUUUAAAGUACAUCCCUGCCCCCAAGAAUCCUGGGAACAGGAGUUUAAGGCAAGCCUGGGAAAUGAAUCCAAAUCUCUGGAAUGUCAAAGAGAUGUUUAGCACUCCUAUAAAGAUGGGGCCUAACAAACCAUCGAACUGGACAAGUGAUUACAGCAGUAUGAGUGACUCUCAGUUCCUUUUUGGUUCCCAGUUCUGCCUGGAGAAUUCACAGUCAGCACUGACCCCACUUGAAUUGAGACAAGAAAAAAGUUCACAGCAAAAUUCUCAGGAUAACGAGCCCAGUAUUUUUGCCAAAUACCAGUCUAAACCACAGCUCUUUGGAGGGGAUGGAAAGGAAAAGGGACCAUUUAAUUUUCCAUCUGGAAGAUUCAAAGGUGUCUUGGAGCAAUUUGAAGAGAAUAAGAAAAAGAUCAAGGAAAAACACGAUAACGAGCUUUUAAACACCUUUAUUUUGAACACUAAAGAGAGUCUUCAAAGGCUGCACUUUUCCUUAGAUAAGUUUGAAGAAACUCUGAAAUCUAUUUUGGAUGGCUUCGGAAGCUUUUCAAAGUCAAUGCAAGAAACGUCUCAAUCCCAUUAUGAAUUGGUACUGAAUGCUCUGAGGGACAAAAAUGAAAUGGAACAAGCAUUAUUGGGAAUGGAGAAGAAAAGGCUGGAAAACAAAGAUACAGAGAUCUCAGAUCUGAAAUCCAGCUUGCAAUCGCUGACGGAGAGUUUGGAGCAGCUCACAGCUCAGCAGAAAGAGCAACACUUGAAGCUCUGUGAGCAUUUAGAACACCUGCAGCUCCCUAGUCUUCUGGCUGAUUUGCAAACAUUCAUUUCUGCACCCAGAGUACCAAUUCAUAUAAAGGACAGUGUUUCCCAGACUUCCCCAGACAUGAUGUCCAGACAAGUACCUAACAAUUCCCACUCAAGUGAUGCUCCUCCAGACAGACAGGUCAUUUCUACUGUCACAGCAUCACAGGGCAAAGAAAACGCUGACAUUCAGCAGAGCAGCCGUUUUGGGGCUGACCAUCCUCAUUGCACCUGCUGCUUCAGAGCAGCCGCCACUGCAGGCAGCCACGAGGAAUGCUUGUUAUAUACUCAAGGACCAAGUGUAUCCACACCACUGAGGAAAGUGAUCAAGAAAGGCAGUCGGGCAAAGGGACUUAACACUCCAAGGCAGCCUCAGCUGAACUGGACUCACAUCGACAGUGCAGACAGCCACAAAAAUGAGAAGCUGGCCAAAGAGAGCGUGAUACAAAGUAAAGGUGGAGGAAGCAGGAUGAAAAGAGAACCCCAAAAAUAUAGCGAGAGGAAAAUACUUUAUUCCUCGAGGAAAGGAGGAAAUCGUUCAAAGGUUACCACUAAUGCCAGACAAGGGUGUUCUAAGUCCAUCAAGUCUCCACACCUUGCGCUCCAGUUCCAUGAAAAUUCACAGACUAUACCAAAUAUGCAAGUAACGUCUGGAGUUAAAAAGAAAGUGGAUCUUUCUCAUUCAAAAAACAAUAGUUUCUGGGCAGGCUCCUCUCCGGAAAGCUCUUUUUCCGAAAAGCAAGUGAGGUGGCUCAAUCUCUCUGAUGAUUACUCAUCUGCUUGUGGUAAACCAGCCCAGCAGAAGACUAGAACAUAUUGUCCGUUAUUUUUUGACAGUGAUUUUUCUGAUUAAGAGUGUUCUCUAAAAGAUGCUUCUUGUAUGUAAUCAACUUAGUAAUAUGUUGUUAUGAAAACCUUUUUGUGCAUCACAAGCAGUAAUAUGCUCCUUUCUGCAAGACUCCCAAAAUGCAUCACUAUAACCUUGAGCAAAAUUAACUAUACCUGGCUUCCUUUUAAAAAAAAUGUCUUGUGCCUAUUAAGAUGUUCCUUAACCAGAUAGAAAAUCUGGGGUAAGUCUCAGACUUCCUCAUCCCUUCACAAUCUGAUCUUAGGCUGUACCAUAGUCUAAUAAAAGCAGGAACUCCUUUGAACCUGCCUCCC